AUGCGAUUCGCAUCUAAAAAGCAGACGGUCGAGGCCAUCGACGAGCAGGCCGGUAUCACACUCCUCAUCGUCGAGCCUGAGGACAUGUGGCACGCCAACAACCUGAUCGCUGCCGGAGACGUCGUUCACGCCCCCACGCUCCGCAAAGUGACGACAGCGACAUCCACCGGCUCUACCGUCAACAAGAGCGUACGAAUAAAUCUGUCAAUCAAAGUCAAGUCGACCUUCUUCGACCCGCUCGCGUCCGAGCUCAAGGUUUCGGGCACCGUGGUCGAGGAGAACGACUAUGUCAGCGUCGGACAAUACCAUACCAUCACCCUCAAGUACGAGAAGGCCGACAUCAAAUUUACAAUAUGGAAGAGCGCCGGCUGGGACUCGGUAGCUCUGCAAUCUCUUAAGGAGGCGCUGAGCGAGGACAAGCCGGAAGCGAUUGCCGCCGUCGUCAUGCAGGAAGGCCUCGCCAACAUCUGCUUGAUCACCGAAAACCGGACCAUCAUCAAGCAGCGCAUCGAGAGCUCGAUACCAAGGAGACAGGCGAAAGAUACGUCAGGGGCCAUAUCGUCCUUCUUCGAGAGAGUACUAUCGAACUUGCGCAACACCAUCGACUUUAGCAUCCCACGCACACUGCUCCUCGCGAGCCCCGGGUUCACCGCCCAGGACUUCCGCACAUACAUGCAAUCCGAAGCAACCAGGGCGGGUGAUAAGGCGCUGCAGCGUAUCGUGAAGGAGGCGCUCGUGGUGCACUCCAGCACCGGCCACGUGCAUAGUCUAAACGAGGCACUUAAGAGCCCAGAGGUUCAGAAGAAGAUGCACGGCACAAAAGUCGCGACCGAAGCGAACCUAAUGGACAAGUUCCACGACCUUGUGCGAAAGGAUGACGGGAGGGCAUGGUAUGGCACGAAGCCAGUCGAGAAGGCAAUUGCCGAGGGUGCUGUGGGCCGCGGCGGAGGAGUGCUUUUGGUCAACAAUGCGUUUUUCCGAAGUAUGGAUGUGGCUACAAGGCGGAAGUAUGUUGGCCUAGUAGACAAGGUCAAGGAAGACGGUGGGGAGGUCAGAUUGCUCAGCAGCGACCACCCAAGCGGCAAACGGCUUGAGGGAUUCGGCGGGAUCGCGGCGAUUCUGACAUACCCCCUCUUCGACCUGGACGAGGAGGUGGAGCAGGAGGGCGAGAAUGAUGCUGCGGGAGCGGAUGCGGAUAACGCAGCAAAGGGCACGAUGGUAAUAUGA